GGGAAAAGCUGGAGGUUCAGACUAGACUUGUUGAUCCCCAUUCCCAGGCAGCAGAAGGAAGUACCGAAGCUUUCCUUUGUGUCUACACAGAGAGAGGGCUGGGGGAGCGGGGGCAGAUGCGGCUCCGGCGUUGACUGUAGGCAGGCGUGAGGAGCCGCAGUCGAGGGAAGGCCUUGGAAAGCUUCCUGCCGAGGGAACCGAUUUACCUCGUUUCCCUUCCCCUCCCCCCGGGCUCCGUGGACAGCCGGGAGCGCGGCCGCCAUCCCUCCGCCUUGAGGCUGCCCGCGGGGGGAUGCGAGCGGGGCCACCACUGCUGCCCACCCUGCCGCAGGAUGUAGCCGCCCUCGGCCUCGCACCGCCUCGCUGGGAGCCCGCAGGAGGAGCUCUUGGGCAUGGAGGGGAAGGAGAGGUGAGGAGAGCCGGCCCCCGCGCGCCCUGCCCCACGCCGCACUUUGGAGCAUCCAGCCUGAGGGGGACCAGCGAUGCCUCUGGGGAUGAAUAAGCAUGGAUCUCGCUCUACUACUUCGUUGCCUCCAGACCCCACGGAGAUUGUCAGGAGCAAGGCCUGCUCCCGAAGGGUCAAGCUCAACGUGGGGGGGCUGGCCCACGAGGUUCUCUGGCGGACCUUGGACAGGUUGCCACGGACCAGGCUGGGUAAGCUCAGAGACUGCAACACACAUGACUCCCUCAUGGAGAUCUGUGAUGACUACAACUUGGAGGAGAAUGAGUACUUCUUCGACAGGCAUCCCGGGGCAUUCACCUCAAUCUUGAACUUCUACCGUACUGGCAAGCUGCACAUGAUGGAGGAGAUGUGCGCCUUGUCCUUCAGCCAGGAGCUGGACUACUGGGGGGUGGAUGAGAUCUACCUGGAGUCCUGCUGCCAGGCCCGCUACCACCAGAAGAAGGAGCAGAUGAACGAGGAGCUGAAGAGAGAAGCUGAGACCCUGAGGGAAAGGGAAGGGGAGGAAUUUGAUAACACUUGCUGUGCUGACAAAAGAAAAAAGCUCUGGGACCUCCUGGAGAAGCCCAAUUCCUCCGUAGCGGCCAAGAUUUUGGCAAUCAUUUCCAUCAUGUUUAUCGUACUAUCUACAAUUGCCUUGUCCCUUAACACACUUCCUGAACUACAAGGCGUGGAUGAAUUUGGGCAGACCACAGAUAAUCCCCAACUUGCCCAUGUGGAAGCAGUGUGCAUUGCAUGGUUUACAAUGGAAUACCUCUUGCGGUUCCUAUCCUCGCCUAAGAAGUGGAAGUUUUUCAAAGGCCCGUUGAAUGCUAUUGAUUUGCUAGCUAUCUUACCGUACUAUGUGACUAUCUUCCUCACAGAAUCCAAUAAAAGUGUACUUCAGUUUCAAAAUGUACGACGAGUGGUCCAAAUAUUUCGGAUUAUGAGGAUACUCCGGAUUCUAAAGCUUGCCCGGCACUCAACGGGUUUACAGUCCUUGGGGUUUACACUGAGGAGGAGUUACAAUGAGCUUGGAUUACUCAUCUUGUUUUUGGCCAUGGGCAUUAUGAUCUUUUCUAGUUUAGUGUUUUUUGCAGAAAAAGAUGAGGAUGAUACAAAAUUCAAGAGCAUUCCAGCUUCUUUCUGGUGGGCAACAAUCACCAUGACAACAGUAGGCUACGGAGACAUCUACCCCAAAACACUUUUAGGUAAAAUAGUAGGAGGACUGUGUUGCAUUGCUGGAGUGCUGGUGAUUGCUCUUCCCAUCCCAAUUAUUGUCAAUAACUUCUCUGAGUUCUACAAAGAGCAGAAGAGGCAGGAGAAAGCCAUUAAGCGCAGGGAAGCUCUUGAAAGAGCAAAAAGGAAUGGCAGUAUUGUCUCCAUGAACAUGAAGGAUGCGUUUGCCCGUAGUAUAGAACUCAUGGACAUUGUGGUUGAAAAGAACGGAGAAAGCAUAGCCAAAAAGGAUAAAGUUCAGGACAAUCAUUUAUCUCCCAGCAAAUGGAAAUGGACCAAGAGAACGCUCUCUGAAACUAGCUCUAGUAAAUCUUUUGAAACUAAGGAACAAGGAUCUCCAGAAAAAGCCAGGUCAUCUUCAAGUCCCCAGCACCUGAACGUCCAACAGCUAGAGGACAUGUAUAACAAAAUGGCAAAGACUCAGUCCCAGCCAAACCUUAAUACUAAAGAGUCAAGUCAGCCUGGAAAGCAAAAGGAAGAGCUAGAAAUGGAAACCCUUCCCGGCCCUAUGGUGCCUUUGCUGACGACUCGUGCUGAUGGGAUCAUUGACAUGAGGAGCAUGUCCAGCAUCGACAGCUUCAUAAGCUGCGCAGCGGAGUUCCCUGACUCUGGCAGGUUUUCCCACAGCCCACUGGCUACCCUUCCCUGCAAAAGUGGCAUUAACAUGAUUCAAGAGCAGAGCAGGCCAGAGGGGAGUGGUGCCAGAUUUGUGGAAAUGAACCCAAGUUCUGAAGGCAGCCAUCGUUCUGCAUUUUUCAUAGAAAGUCCCAAAAGCUCCAUAAAGGCCAGUAACCCGUUAAAACUAAGAUCUCUGAAAGUCAACUUCAUGGAAGAGGACACCAGCACAUUAGUACCAGCAUCAAAUGUACUGAGAAUAUAUCCAGAGCCUCUCAAGAGCCGGGGAGCUGCUGCUGCUGCCACAGAUACUUCCUUACUCUCUGACAGAUCUCUCAUGAGCCCAGAAACCUCAAUCUACACAACCGCGAGUGCAAGAACACCCCCAAAGUCACCAGAGACGCAGACAGCCAUAGCUUUCAACUUCCAUGAUGCUGGUAUACACAAAUAUAUAGAUGCUGACACUGAUGAUGAAGGUCAGCUGCUUUAUGAUUCAAGUCCGCCCGGAAAUGUGAGUCCCAAGUACAAUGUUAGAAACAGUGGCUAUCUAAAGCAAAAGGACAAUGUUUAUAGAACAGAGAAGAACCAUCUAGAAGCUGCUGCUUUACCCACCUCCCCCAAGCUGAUAGGGCAAAACUGCAUUUACUCUAUGGAAGGUAUCACUGGAAGAACCCAGGGCAAUCAGGAGACUGUCAGACUAGAAAAUCACAUUUCCCCAGAAGUCCAUGUAUUACCAGGCAGCGGAGGACAUGCUAACACACAUGAUCAAAGCAUCUGAGAUGGGCUCCAAAAGAACUUACUGAAAGUUUAAAGGAAUGUCUUUACUGUCAACACAAAAAAAAGAGCUUCUGCAUGGCAUGAACUUGGCUGAAACAAGCCACUUGUUUCUAAGUCUGGGGGAGGUCCAGUGUGGGUUUGUGAAAAUGUCCUUCUCUGAAACAACUCUAAAGACGUUGCCCACAUCGGUCAAAAAAUAAGGAUUGCAAAUCAUGAUCGCACAUUGAUCUCCUUUCAUGUUGUCCAGUGAAGCCAAUGUGACCAAAUAUCCAUCCAUUCCCCUUGAACGCUAGAGCUCCUUUUGGAAAUAGUAACAUCUGAUUUGCAUUAGUUCCAUAAAGGAUGCCAAGGCAGCCAGAUUUGAACUCUGGAAUAAAUUGCUGGGGUUGGUAUAAAGGUAUCAAAACCACAAUGCUCACUGCUUCAGGGCAGCUGUUCCCCAUCUACAGCUUUCUCUGAUGGAUAUUAUGUCUAAAGGUAACAGGGAACACUUGCAUUAUUGGAAAAUCCAAGCGAAAACCAUUUAAAACAAAUAACGGUCUAGAGAAACCAAUUAUUAAAAUGCUCUGUGUGUCUUUAACAAUACAUAUCCUGUAGGACCUGAUGUUUUCUUUUGAAAUAUCAGCAGGGUGAGUUGCACCACUUGUAUCUAAUUCCAAACAUCCCCUGGAACAUAGUGAAACUUGCACUUACCCUCUGCUAAAAAUUGAUACCUGCCCCAGGGCCAGCACAUGGCCCUCAGGGGACCCACAGCCCACGUUGGGAAUGUGUGAAGGAGCCAUGCAGAAGCAGGACUCUCCGGAGGCAUCGCAGCCAGACCCCCUUCCUGGUGCCAGGGAGCAUAGGGCUGGAAGGAGAGCUCAGCUCUCGCCCUACCCCUCCACGGAAGGGAGAUGCUCGCUGCCCUGCCCCGCAGGGAUGGCCGAGCGCGGCGGCGGCGCUAACGCUGCGGCUGUCCCCUGCGGUACAUGCCGGGGGAACCGGGAUGGCUCCCCGGGCCUCCCCUUCCCGCCUGCACGCUGACUUGAGGCAUCAGCCAAAGUCUCGCCCUUGGCAUGGGAGAGGAACCGGUCAGUCUGAAGCUUUUUGCGUCCGAGUGGCGCAGUGAAAGAUAUGCAAGCGUUACAUAAAUAUGCAAAAAGAGGGAUUCGUUAGCGACCCACCCCGGGCCUGGCUGUGCUCUCUCUCGUGAGGAGGUCGGGCAGGAGAGGCUCCUGCAAAGCUGCGAUGUGAAGCAGCCGCGAGAGACGGGAGCAUCAGGCCUGAUGUUUUAAUAACAUCCAGUCAUUUUUAAAUGAAACAAGAAAAAAAAAGAAAAAAAAAGGUCUGACCAUUUUAAAUGAACAGAACUAGCAGCCACCAGCCUAGGUUUUUAAAAUAUUAUUGUUUCAAUAAAGUUAUGUCAAAUUGUGUAGGAAAUAAUUUGUCUUGGGUUUUUAAUCUCGGGGGGGGAAAGCACUUUACGUUGACUUUUCGUUGUUGUUGUUGCGAUGCUGGAGUAGGAUAGCUGAGUGUAACAAUCAAGCACUUUAACCAAGCACUAUUUUAAUUUGUGCCUCCUGUUGUGACCGUGAUUUGUUACACACCUGUAGCAAGUCACAACCUGUCCUGUGAUAACUGUGAUGGUAAUCUUUUAUGUUGUUUUCUGUUUCUACUGUAAAACUCAAUUGUAAAUAACUGUCAAUGAGCGUUACCUGACUCAUUUCUAAGUACCUGCCAGGGGUGUGUAACGAUCUGCAUGCGGCAGGUCUGGGGACAUUCUGAGAGACGGGACGUGGGAGCGGAGGCGCACAGGUGGGAGGAAGACCCUGAGCUGCUCGAGUCCGCUGCGUUUUGUUCCUUCCUAUUGUAAAAAAAAAAAGCCGUCGGUUAGUCCUGAAUGUAAAUGUCUGUCCGUCCAAGCUGUACAGUACUUCUGUCUGUAAUCCAUAAUAGUGAAUGCAGCAUGUACGGACAAAAGCAAUAAGCACAUAUAUGUUUUAGGAACUAUUCUGGGUUACGAUGAUAGCUUUGUUAGGUCUCUCCUUGGCAAAAACUGUACACGCAUUGGAGUUAACUCUGCUCUGCUCAGCCAACCCCAUCCCCGGGCAGUGGGAUGCAGCCCGAGGUACCCGCUCAGAUGUCGCCCUUGCAUCCCAGCAAGGCAAGACCCUGGGGAAGUUGUGAGUAAGACCUGAGCCACAACCUCAGGAAUUAGCCCGUUGAU